AUGAGCACCCUCAUCCUGAUGGGCCAGGCGUCUAUCGCUCCCUCUGUUUACCAAUCUGGGUGGACUACCGAGCACAUUGACAGCGUCUUUCAGUUACUCCUGCCUAGGGAGAAACAGAACCUCAAGUUUGUCGAAAUCUCUACCGAACUCUAUGGGCAGAUGGAUGAAGGUGCCAGAGCUGCUAUCGCCAACCUCUUCAUGGUUGAGUUCGGAGAGUCCGUUCUCUACGCUCGUGACAACGAGAAGGGUUGUUGGUACCUUGGAGUUCCCCGUGAUUUGGUCGCUGAUGGCGGAAUGCUCUUGACUGCUCCUGGUGCUCCCGAGACGAUUUAUGCCCAGCGCCCUGAGCUUUCGAUUCCCCGUCCCCGCAUCCCACGACCCCCCAAUGCUUACAUCCUUUACCGCAAGGAGCGUCACCAGAUCGUCAAGGGAAAGCGUCCUGGUAUCACCAACAAUGAGAUUUCUCAAGUUCUUGGCCGAUGCUGGAACGCGGAGACACCUGACGUUCGCCGUUACUACAAGAAGAAGGCCGACGAGAUCAAGGAGGAGCACAAGCGUCUCUACCCUGAUUACCAGUACCGCCCUCGCAAGUCUUCUGAGCGACGCCGCCGCCAGCACCCUCCCCACACUGUCCCUCAUGUGUCCAGUGCUCAGCCUUCAGCUCCCGCUCAGCCUGUUCAUCAGCCUCAGUUCUCUGGCCCUGCUCAGAUUGUAGCACCUGCUCUGUUUGCUACUGCUCUGUCGAACGACGUCUAA